AUUCAUAAUUCCACUUUGAUUUUUGCAUGCUUAUCCUUAAUGCACCUAUUUCUAUAAGUAGCACACCAAAUUUCUCCAUGAACAAGAUAUAGCAAAAUCAAAGAAAGAACCUCGUAUUGUUAAAGAUGGUGAAAUUCCCCACCUUUUUCUUUGUGCUUGUCCUCCUUGUCAUCUUUGCCACUGAUGAAAACGUUGUGAUGAGGGCCAAAGCAAGGGACUGCCACAAAGUUUGGAAAUGCAAAGGCAAUAAUCGUUGCUGGGAUGACUGCAAAACCAAAUUUAAUGGAAUGGGACAGUGUGAUUUGUAUACUGCACCUCCUGUUCCUAAGCAGUGUUUUUGUGCAUACAAGUGUUAAAGUUAAUACUAUAUUAUCAGUUGAAUAAAACUUAGAUUUGUUUAUGUAAAAUUAUAAUUCCGAUGUU